AGCCCGGUUUCCGGUUCCCGUCGGCUCCUGUUUGUCGGCCGUCGUGCUACGUGUCUUCGACUUGGCGAGCGGACCGCGGGCAGGCAUCAUGGAUCAGGUAAUGCAGUUCGUUGAGCCGAGUCGGCAGUUUGUGAAGGACUCAAUUCGGCUGGUGAAAAGAUGCACCAAACCGGAUAGAAAAGAAUUCCAGAAGAUUGCCAUGGCAACUGCAAUAGGAUUUGCUAUAAUGGGAUUCAUUGGCUUUUUUGUGAAGUUGAUCCAUAUUCCUAUUAAUAACAUCAUUGUAACCCGCCGUGGUCCACAUCCAGCGAGCCUCAGCGCUUCAGUGUAUUCGAGCUCAUUUCUCACUGCUAACACCUGCCGUCCUUUUCCCGCAGAUUGCCUCGGAAGGUGCAGACAGCUGUUCUGUCUGUGCGCAACGCAGGCUUGAAGGGCCUGGAAAUGAACCCCCGGACCGUCUUCCUCCCCCACGGACGGCCACCCUCAACUGAUUGCUGGCGGGGCUGGUAUUUAACGACUCCACCUUCCUCUGCGCGUGAGGGUAACUCUGAGGUGUGUCUUACACCGCUUGGUUAGUUUCUGCAAUGGUAGCUGGCUGGACGCACAGCCUGCCUUCUCUCGUCUUAACCUCCUCCUUUACUCAUGGCCCACGAAUCCCCAGACGAACCAACUAGACCUGAAUCCUGGUCUCAGCAUCUGCUUCUGGGGACGACAGUCCAAGACCACUGUUGGUUUUUCCAACUUUGCAUUCCUGAAAUAAAC